AUUUGCAUACGUACAUGGCAACACGGCCAGAGGAAAAUUAGCACCCACACCAUAACAGGGGCAUCCUUCCUCACUUGCCCGGGUACCGGGUCAGGUCAACUCCUCUGGCGGCCAGCGCAACGAGCCCGCGACGCCUCAUCGUCGAAGCAUCGGAGCGACGCAUCAAGGCCUCGGCGCUAAGUUCUCCGCGCGCUCGCGUCGUGUUUACCAUGGAGGGCGGAAGCAACAGCGCGGGCGAGAAGAACAGCUACCACGACGCGCAGGUGGAGGCCAUGCAGCGGCGCGUGGACGCGGUGCCGCCCUUGGCCGACGACCCCUACACCAUCUUCCGCCUCCCUGUGGCCGUGCGCGAGCGGCACCGCGACCUGUACGAGCCCAAGGUCGUGUCCGUGGGGCCCUACUACCACGGCCGCGCCGGGCUGGGCGCCGCGCAGCAGCACAAGUGGCGCCUCCUCCGCGACUUUUUGUCGCGGAACAAGAAGGUCGGACUCGGCGCGUACGUGCGCGCCGCCCGCGCGGUCGAGGCCGACGCGCGCAGGUGCUACGCGGAGGGGUUCGGCUUGGGCGCCGACGAGUUCGCGGAGUUGCUAGUGCUCGACGGCUGCUUCCUGCUUGAGUUCUUCCUGAGGAAGAGCGAGGGCCAGCUCGCCGCGCCCGGGGGCGCCAAGUGGGCGUGGCACCACAUGUACCACGACGUCCUCCUGCUGGAGAAUCAGAUACCCUUCUUCGUCAUCGAGAAGCUGCACGGUGUCGCCUUCGCCGGCGAGGACGGCGCCGAGCACGACGCGCUCCUGGACAUCUUCUGCAAGGCCUUCGCCGGCGACCUGCCGUCGAGCCGCACCAUCCGGCCGCCCAGCGACAAGACCAUGCACCACCUGCUGCACCUGCACUACGAGUGCAACGUCCGCAAACCGGGCGCGGACAACGACAAGGCCCGCAACAGCAUCGGAGACGUCAACGGCGCGUCGCUGGCCAUCUGGAAGCAGCCGGCGCUCCCAUCACCGUCCUCCGGCGAGGGCACCGGCAGCAAAGGUCGUCUGACGUCGAUGAUCCCGCCGGCGGCCAAGAUGGAGGAGGCCGGCGUGACGUUCAAGCGGAAGGCGACCCCGCGGGACGUCUUCGACGUGAGCUUUCGGUACGGCGUGCUGCACAUGCCGGCGUUCGUGAUCGACGAGGGUGCCAAGGUGCUGCUCGCGAACCUGGCGGCGUUCGAGCAGGGAGGCGGCCGCGCGGCACGGCAGCUGAACGGGGGCAACCUGGUGACGGGGUUCGUUGCGCUGGUCGGGUCGCUGGUGAACUCGAGGAGGGACUUAGAGGUGCUCCGCCGGUGCGGGAUCAUGCACUGCAUGCUGGCCGACGACGACGCCGUGGCGUACUUCAACCACGUGGUGCAGUACACGACUAUGGACUACGACCGGCACCUGCUCGCCUGCCUGUUCCGAGACGUCAAGGAGCACUGCCAUUGGAACAGAUGAUCGCGUGUGUGGGCGUGUUGCGCGCACGUGUUCCUGAUUGGGUUAAUUACUUGAUUUCGACGCUGCGCGCGUGUUGCUGGACUAUGCCAGUAUACGUGUCUGUCACAGGCUAAAGAUUUUGCCUUCCUGUAUACUUGUCAUUACACACUGAUUUUGCCUUCGGGCUAAAGAUUAUGUACCUGUUACUAUUUCAUGCAAUUAUGCAAAUACCCGACAAUCUCAGAUAUCCUAAAACUGAGAUAUAGGAGGGAAAAUGAAACUCAGUGACUUCCAGGUUUC